GAAGAAGAAGAGGCGUUGCGUUCGGAGAGAAGAGAGAGACUGAAGAAAGAGAGACGGAGGACGGGAAAGUAGAAGAGAGGAGGGAAUAGUAAAGAAUUCAGAAAUAUACUUUUUUUUUUGUCUACGUAAGGUUAGGUUUUCCGUAGAUGAAGGAAAAGUCAGCCGCUUUUACGUUGCAACAACACGAGGACAGAGGAGAGACGGCACGGAAGAUAUUCUCUUUGUACUUAAAAUAAGUGUAGUACUGCUGGUUUGUAGGCUAUCCUAAACCUUUAUACGCUGUAUUCUAAUACUGUAAAUAACCAAUUAUAUAGCCUUUAAAAAAAAUAUAUAUGUAUUUUUAGGUCAAUUUGGAAACCACGAAGUGAACCAAAUGCCGUGCUCUUUUUUUGCAAGAAGGCAACAAUAGCAGUAAUAUACUUGAAAUUUCUAGCUUCUCCUUAUGAGAAUCACGGCUGUUUAGCAACCACCAACACCGCGACGAACAAUACAAAACAACGCGUCUGAAAUUCGCACUACCACCAGAACUUUCAGGAUUUUCUUCAGCGGACCGACCAUGGCUGCGGUUACCAGCCCAGAGACGAGCCCUCAACCCCGUGUAUAUUUCCAGACGGUAGCCGCCGGUUCAACCGAAGAACCGGAGAUACCUGUUCGGAAGCAAGGGCGAGUAACCGUCAAAUAUGACCGGAAAGAACUAAGAAAGAGACUAAAUCUGGAGGAAUGGAUAAUCGACCAGCUAACGGUUCUUUACAACUGUGAGGAGGAGGCCAUACCAGAGUUGGAGAUAGAUGUGGACGAGCUGCUGGACAUGCCUAGUGAUGACGACAGAGGAGCCAGAGUUAAAGAUCUCCUGGUAGACUGUUACAAACCUACUGAGGACUUUGUGUCUGAUCUACUGGAUAAGAUACGUGGCAUGCAGAAACUCACCACCCCCCAGAAGAAAUAACCUCAACCCUGAGUCACCCCUCCUCCUGCCUCCCGCCUCCCUCACUCACUCCAACCUCACCCCACAGAAGAAAUAGGAGCUUGGCUUCCUCAGAGAUGGAGGAGGAAGAGGGAGGAGGAGAGGAGAGAAGGAGCAGAGGAGUAAGAUAGGUGAUUGAAGCAGCCAAUCAGAUCUAAGCAGGGUGUAUGAUGUCAUGUCCUGUGAUUU